GAAUUAGAGCUGGGCCAUUGCAACCUUAUCCACUUGAGAAGUAUUGGAUUGAAGGUAUCUCCCAAGCAUCCACGACAUCCUACACAACAGAGACAUGGCUCAUCUCUCCAUCUCCGCCCUUGCCAAUGCCUUUCUUUUCCCCAAAUCACAUCUUCUCUCGUCUUCUCAUCCUGCUUCUGCUCCUGUUCCUGCUCCGACGACAAGGGGAAGAAUCACAAAACCGGGCCAAAUACAUGCAAAGAUGGGUGGAGAGACGAAGCCUGGUAAGAAGAAGUUCAUCACUAGGGAAGAAGAGCCAGAUCAAUAUUGGCAAACAGCAGGAGAGAGGGAAGGAGAGAACCCCAUGAGGACCCCCUUGCCUUAUAUCAUAAUCUUUGGUAUGUCAACUCCUUUUGUUAUCUUAGCCAUUGCCUUUGCCAAUGGCUGGAUCAAGGUCCCAGUGAGGUGAUGAGCAUGAGCUGGAGUUGGAGAUGAACCAUGAUAUAUAUAUAGUUGGAUUAUUUCAACUAAUUCCAACAAGUGUUGUCUCCAACAUUGCUGGAGUUGGAGAUGAACACUUAAGAAGAUCAUGUUUUGUUAAACUAUGUUGUUCUUGUAUAUUUGAACCUUUCUUAUUCAUAACAGAACAAGAAAAAGGGAAACUUGUUUUCUGAUCUUAUUAUGCAGUGCAGUCAAUGUUUUGAUACACUGGUGGUAUAAAGAAGAUUUGAGAUUUGAAACA